UUACUAUCAGUACGAAAAAGUUAACGGGUGCAAGAAGCUUCCCAACGAAAUCUGAACAUCUGACCAUGAAAUCGAAACAUCUCCUGGCAGCAGCUGUCUGCCUAGCUUCUCUCCUGAUCUUGGGGACACAGGCGCAGGAGAAUGCAAUGCUGCAAAUUCCCCCCUCACUGGUCGAGUGUUAUAAUACAUCAUUCUUCAUGAAUCGGGAUAAUCGUCUACCAGCCAAUAUGGACACGCUCAUUUCGCUUAUCGAGAAGGUGGAAAACAGCUACGCCGCAACUUCAGGUGUGCAGGCCGAUAUUCGAACCGUGGCUGUGGCCUUGCUCCAUCGUUUCCGCCAAGAUGGCAUUAAAAAGGCAGCUGGAAUUAAUGCCGCUGAUGGCGUAAUACCGUACAGUCCAACAGGCUUUCAGUUUCCCAAGUUUAAAAUUUUACUGUCACGUUUAAUUCCGGGAAAUGCCAACAGCUUUCCCAACAGUUCGUUGACGAGUGUAGAACGAUGCUCCCUGCAUUUUAUGCUAUCGAGCACCUUUGACACCAGAUCGCGCGGCGAUGAAAACAACGUGUGCAACCAGCUCUCUCAGUAUCGAGCCCAGCGACUGCCACGAUCCCUGAAGAAGGACUAUGACAACAACUUCAUUAGCGACGUUGAAUGGCUGGAUACUCGACCAAAACGGGGACGGUCUUCCGUAUCCGUCUUAAAAUACGAACAGUUGGGAGAAUUGGACUAUGAAUCCGACUGGGCAUACGCCGGCUCAGAGGGAACUAGCCAAUGCCCCGUGGAGGAUGGCCUUGUUCGGACGCGCUGGGGAACGGUUUCUGCAGGUACCCUUAUUGCCGGCAUCGCAGCUGGCGUCCAACAGCAGACAGUCCAAUUAAAUACCCUAUUGGCCCUGGCCUCCCAACGACGUGCACGCGGUCGCAGUCAGUCCCAGACAAGCAACACCAUUGACAAUAGGUGGGCGGCCACUUUGGCUGGGGACUUGGCUGAGGUCACGCUGGUCCAGCUUCCAGGGUCGACCAGUUCAGCUUCUGUUGGAGCUACUGGGGGGUGGAAUGAUACAGUUCUGCCACAUUGGUACUUCUUGUCGCAGCGAACCAACCUUGAGGCGACUGAUGCUGAGAUCCGAGGCGGCCUUGAUGGACUGAUACUUGCAAAGAACGUGGCCAGCUGGAGAACUCAGGCAUCCAGCCUUAAACUUUCUCAACUAUUACGCAUGUACUACUCCACAAAUGGAGUCCUUAGUUCGGGAAUCAAUGCCUGCAGUAGGCAAAGCCAGUUUACAAAUGUUGCGCCAUCACAGGAAAUGGAGGACCAGACAAGCGCCUUUGCCUUAGUAUUGGAUCGUGAAAUGCAGUUGCGCGUCACCCUCACGUCGUCCGCAAUUGCCCAGUAUGCCGGUAACGCCACCGCUUCGCUGGUGACGUAUGUGCCACAAUCGUUAAACGAUGUCUCUUGUACGGCAACUAGCAAUCUUGACUUGACGGACAUUAUAACUCCCAUGACUAACCUGUACAUUUUCUUGGAUACAUCUUGGCAGUAUAGCACUAUUGUUGACUAUGUGGCUUAUGUUAUUCAGCAGCUAAAUAUCCACCCCUAUGCCUCUACAGUCACCAUGCUUUCAGCACAAGAUGGUUCUGUUAUAGUGAACACUACUAACUAUAUCACCGAUUUGUAUCAGCAAUGGAAUGUCACUACGCAGGCGUUAUAUACUCAGGGAUUCAAUCUUCCUAAUGUGCUGCGGACGAUUCAGAACCUUACCCAGAACCUAAUGAAUGUGGAGAAGACUAAUUCGAGUUUAAGUGGUCACUCCUUGGUUGCUCUAAUCAUGCCAAACCAGCAAACCGUUAAUGAUGGCGACUCCAGCUACGCGACUACAGAGAUACAGUACAUUCAAGAACAGAUUCCAGACCUGCGUUUUAUAUACUAUGGCGGAGGAAGUAUUCAACGGUUUUCGAGCUUUGUCCGCGAUCCCUCCCAAGAUCUUUUCUCCCUCACUUUGGGCAGUACAGCGGCGACGUCGGCGGGUCCAGUAGCAAAGCGCAUUAUCCAAAUUCCUCGACGCGUUAUUAACCCACGCUGUGGAUCGAAUUGGUACACAAAUAGCUGGGGCACUGAUCAAACAGCACAAUAUGUGGGGCCCGGCAAAGUCAACUUUUACAGGGUCUCUGCCAACUAUUUCUUUGGAACUGGUGCGAACCGGUACUUGACCAUUCAGUCCCAGAAUGGAGGAUCUUACACGAUAUGUACUUCACGCACAUAUUCGUGGCCGCAACAGAACUCAACUACUAGCUCGUCUGCAACGUCAAUAGAUCAGAGUUGCACGCAAAUAAAUGGAAAUAGUUAUAGUUACGAUCUUUCAAGCGCCUGUGAAGGGUACUACACUAUUACCCAGUGUCCAGACUUGUAUCUGUCAGUCCAGGCUACCUCAAAUACCACGUCCUGCACACAGGAUGCCUGCCAGACCCCUGACCAAUGGCGUUAUAUUAUGUCAAUGGUCAACAUGGGCUGCUAUAGCGGUGUCUCGGGCCUUGCAGCUAGCCUUCUAACAAUUCUGCUCGCCUUGUUGGCUCAGAGGCUGAUUCAGUGAUUGGUGGCUAGUGUAUGGUAGUAUUAUUACCUUCCCGUCCGCUAACACAAACAAAUAUGUUGUCCCUUUACUAUAAUUCUAUAUUUUGUCGUAAAUAAGUUGUAUGUUCCAGUAAGAAAGUCGUGAAUAAAUUUCCCACUUUAACUGCA